ACUCUUUUUCCUUUCUUUCACACUCAAACCCCCACUCUUCAGUCUUCACCACCAGUACCCUUUUUAUUACCUUUUUCCUCUUACUUUCCCAGGAAAAUUCUCCGGCCUCUCUUUUUUAUCGUUUUCUUUUCCGCUAAAAAUUCUUAUUGUUGUGUUGCUCUUGUCUUGAAUUGCUUUAGCGUUCGUCGCUCUGCUUUUCAACUUCCGGCGAAAGCGUUGAAAUUCUGUAUUUGUCUACACACAAGCACGAUGAUCACAGUGAUGGAAUCUGGAACAGAACCGAUGAAGAAGACGGGGGAGAAAUGCUUGGAUCCUCAGUUAUGGCACGCCAUUGCUGGUGGACUGGUCCAAAUUCCUCCCAUUAACUCUAAAGUCUUCUACUUCCCUCAGGGCCACGCUGAACAUGCCAAAGGAGAUGUAGAUUUUGGGAAUACUCGAAUUCCUGCCUUUAUUCUCUGCAAGGUAUCCGCCAUUAGGUACAUGGCGGAUACCGAAGACGAGGUCUUUGCGAAAAUUAGGUUGGUACCUUUGAAGUCUGAUGAUCUUGAUGUUGAUGAUGAUGGGUAUGUGUUGAACAAUGGAACUGAGAAUGCUGAGAAAAUGACGUCUUUUACCAAGACCUUGACACAAUCUGAUUCCAACAAUGGUGGAGGAUUCUCGGUCCCCCGUUACUGCGCGGAGACCAUCUUUCCGCCGUUGGAUUACUCGGCUCCCAUGCCGUUUCAGUUUAUGAAUCCCAAGGAUGUUCACGGCAAAAGUUAUACGUUUAGGCAUAUCUAUAGAGGGACGCCGCGCCGUCACCUUUUGACGACGGGGUGGAGUGAUUUCGUGAACCACAAGAAGCUUGUUGCUGGUGAUUCGGUUGUGUUCGUGAGGUUGGAAAGUGGGGACAUUUUUAUUGGGAUCAGGAGGGCUAAGAAAUGUAUUGGUGGUGCACAUGAGUUCCCUGGCCGUUGGAACCAACAAAGAGGGAAUUAUGGUUCUUCUCAGUUUUGGGGAGUGAUGGGAAGAAUUAGUAACAAGGAUUCGAGGGGAAAAGUGAGAGCUGAAUCUGUUGUCGAAGCAGCAAAUCUUGCAGCCAGUGGGCAGCCCUUUGAGGUUGAGUACUAUCCGCGCGCGAGCACUCCCGAGUUUUGCGUUAGAGCCUCGGCUGUAAGGGCUGCAAUGCAAAUCCGGUGGUGCUCUGGAAUGAGGUUAAAGAUGCCUAUUGAAACCGAGGACUCUUCUCGGAUAAGCUGGUUCAUGGGGACCAUUUCUUCUGUAGAUGUUGCUGAUCCGGCCAAUUGGCCUGAUUCUCCAUGGGGUCUUCUACAGGUAGAAUGGGAUGAACCCGAUUUACUCCAGAAUGUGAAGCGUGUUAAUCCGUGGCUGGGUGAACUCGUGACAAGUAUGCCGCCCAUCCCUGUCUCCCCCUUCUCACCUCCAAGAAAGAAGUUGCGGCUUCCGCAGAAUCCAGACCUUUCCCUGCUUAGCCAACUUCCAAUGCCAUUACUUGCCAGCAACUUCCUAAACUCCAGCGUCCCCUUUCAUUAUAUUCAAGACAACAUUUCUGCAGGCAUACAGGGAGCCAGGCAUUCUCGAUUGGGACCGUAUCCAGCGGAUCUCCACCUAAAUGAACUGCAGUCUUCUCUGUUUCCGAUGGGUUUUCAGCAACAUUAUCCCAUUAGCCCUCCCACAAAUCCUGGUGGCAACUUGAAUUACACCGAAAACAAUGAGAACUUCUCUCACUGGCUGAAAAUGGAACACCGGGUUCAGAACUUGAAGGCAAAGGACGAAACUAAGCCGCCUCAGUUGAUAUUGUUUGGACAAGUAAUACUGACUGAAGAGCAACUCUCUAAGAGCUCUGUCGAAAACUGUACAUCGAAUGGGAAUUUAGAGAAAACAGCAAAUCCUUCCGAUGGUUCCGGUUCCACAGUGCUUCAAAAUGGUUCAAGAGAAAAUUCUACUGAUGGAGUGUACAAAGAUCACCAAAGUGAUCUAGGUUUGGAGAUUGGUCCUUGCAAGGUGUUCCUCAAAUCGGCUGAUGUUGGCAGAACACUUGAUCUUUCUAACCCUUCAGUGAGUUUUUGAAGACAGCAAAAAAUCUAACCAAUUCGUACAGAACCAGACGGCGAGCCGAGAACGUAAGAAGAUAGCUAGAGAUUGGAGGAUGAGAAAACUGUCCUUAAGUUGUACUGAUUGUUCAAUAUUUGCUUUGUUGUUUUCUUCUUUUCUCCGGUAAUUUUUGGGAGAAUCCUGACUAGCUUUAUUUUGCAUAGUUGUUGAAUUUACAUUUUUUUUUCCUGAUGAAACAUGUUCUAUUUCUAUGUACUUUGUGAUAGCCAGAUUCCUAUCUGUAAAUAAUUUGGUCCUUUCUUUUC